ACAAGCACAAAACACUUCAGUCUUACAGUCUUACAUAUUUUUUUAUAUAAGACAACAGAAAUGAACUUUACUUCAUCUAAAAUAAGUCUGAGCCGCGCUUAGGAGUCGCAAGUAAGAUGCUGUAAAUAUAUAUCUAGCUUCACGGGUUUUUUUGCGUAAAUAAAUGGAGAACUUAACUUUAACCAACCACACGCUGGGCCCCUGGACGGACCACAGAUUAGGAUACAAGGUAAUCAGCGCUCUUCUGGUCUUCACCAUUUGCGUAAUUGGGAUAGUCGGGAAUGUGAUGGUCAUCUUAGUGGUGCUCACUACGAAGCACAUGCGCACACCGACCAACUGCUACCUGGUGAGUUUGGCCGUGGCGGAUCUGACCGUGCUGACGGCUGCUGGGUUGCCGAGCGUCGCGGACAGUGUGUACGGCUCGUGGGUGUUCGGUCACACCGGCUGCCUCGGCAUCACUUAUUUCCAGUACCUGGGUAUCAAUGCGUCGUCGUGCUCCAUCACUGCGUUCACGGUGGAGAGGUACAUAGCCAUUUGCCACCCGAUCAAGGCGCAGUCACUGUGCACGUACGCGCGUGCCAAAAGAAUCAUCCUUGCCGUGUGGCUUUUCACGUCCCUCUACUGCGUUAUGUGGUUUUACCUGAGCGACACGCAAGAGGUCGUGUACAGCGACGUGACCGUCGUGACCUGCACCUACAGAGUGUCCAGGGAACUUUAUUUACCCAUAUACUUCUUCGACUUCGGCGUGUUUUUCGUGCUGCCUCUCGCGCUCGCGACCAUCCUGUACGGACUCAUCGGGAGAAUCCUGUUCCUGAACGCGUUACCGAAACAGAAGGUGAAGAACGGCCAGUACGGUUCCGGUAUUAAACACUCAGUUCAGUGCUCGAGCACCACGGCGGCCUCGCGCAGGCAGGUGAUAAAGAUGUUGGCAGUGGUGGUGGUUCUGUUCGCCGUGCUCUGGAUGCCUUACCGCACUCUGGUGGUGGUCAACUCUUUCCUCCAGCAGGCUUACCUGGACACCUGGUUCCUGCUGUUCUGUCGCACCUGUGUGUACCUGAACAGUGCCAUCAAUCCUGUUAUCUAUAAUGCCAUGUCACAGAAGUUCCGCGCCUCCUUUAAGAGGCUUUGCAGAUGCAGUUUGAAGGCUCAGGCCAAGCAAACAGCCUAUAGCGUGGCCCUAACCUACAGCACUGCAAAAGAAACAUCCAUGAUUGAGAGCACAGAGCAUUUUUCAACAGAGCUGGAUGAUCUCACAGAAGAACCAAAUGAUCUGAGAGAAUGACUGAAACCUAGCUAGAAGGAUAUUGACUGAAAUAGUUGGCUGAGUGAUUUUCAGGAAUAAUUUACAAAUAACAGAAUCCAAUACUGUAUACCUGUACACCUCAUUUAUGCAAUUAUCUAAUAGGCCAGUCAUAUGGAUGUGAUCUACUGCUGUUCUGUCCAUCCACUUCAAGAUGCAUCAUGUUGUGCAUUCUGAGAUGCUUUUCUGCUCGUCACAAUUGUAAAGACUGGCUGUCUGAGUUACCAUAGCAUUCUCUGGUUAUUCUCCACUGAACUCAUCAACAAGGUGUUUUAACACUCACACAAAUGUUGUUCAGUGGAUUUGUAUUUUUUGUGUAAAGUCUAUAGAAAACUGUGUAUGACUCAGGAGAUCAGCAAUUGCUCAAACAGGUCAAAGUCAAAGGAAUCACAUCUCCUCAUCAUUCUGAUGUUAAAAUGAACUAAAGCUUUUGACUUGUAUUUGCAUGAUUCUACGUACAGUAUUGCACUGUACCACACGAUUGGCCGAUUGUAUAAUUGUAUAAAUGUUCAGGUGUACAGAUGUUUCUAAUAAAGUGGACUGUGAGCGUAUAUUCAGAAAACAUCGACUGUUAUUUAUACAGUCAAUGCAUGUUUACUUAAUUCCUUAACCACAU